CGAAAGCCGCUCUGUUCUCAGCUCUCCGCUGCCGUGCAGAGACUGCACCGCCGUGCGCUGAAACUGGGCGGCAAUCGACACCGCACUAAACACUAACAAGGCUUGUGGCAGAGCUGCGAUGCUGCGGCCCUUGCUCCUGCUGCCGCUGCUGCUGUCAGUGAUAAAGGACGCGGCGGGGCUGCGGUCUGCGGACGCCUGCCGCCCGACGUGCUCGCAGGUCCUUCCGCGGUUGCCGGAGGUGCGCCGCUGGUGCUCGACCUUUUUCCGCCAGCCCGCCCCCGAAACGGUGCUGGCGUGCGGCGCGGCCUUCAGCGACGCUCAGCCGCCGAGCGAGCGCGACGCCACGCUGGUCGCGACGUCGCCCGACUACGAGGCCCUCUCGGGCCGCAACACCAGCUGGACCGUGUGCAUCAGCUACCACAUCCUCAGCUACGCGCACUUCGGCGCCGUCUGGGAGGCGUCUGCAAAUCCCUGCCGGGAGCGGUACGCCGUGUGGCUCGUCACACACAAUCCCCCGCCCUGCUGGCACCACAACACGCCGGAAAGUCUUAGAGGCCAGACGAUCAAUCAAGAGACAGCUAUGUCGUUGAAGCAGAAUCGCACAUAUCAAUGUAGACACUGCAGCUUCACCAGCCACUCCGACUCAGACUUCACAGGAGAAAAUUACACAUACGUAAUAACCAAUGACAAAAUCCCCACGCUGUUUCGCUACUGGUCUUGCAAUGAAAAUAGUCGUCAACCCUACCCAACAUUAAGAGUCGUGGACAGCUUUAUGUUCACAUGCGAAGGCUGUCGCUGGUGGAUUAAUAUUGCCGAAGAAAACCCUUACGAGUUCAGAGGUUGCGAGACAGAAACAGAAGAUGCAUAUACACCGACAGCUGUAGAACAUGCAGAAGGAUUACGUAGCAUAUGCAAAACUACGAUGGCUCCAACAACGUUGCCACCUACGGAGGAAACAACUACCUCAUUGUUGGACAGCCAGACUACAAGUACUGAAGCCACCAACACGAUUCGUGAUAGAGUUGAGGAGGCGCUGGAACAACUAGAGCCAAAAACUAUCGAGGACGGCGCUCUGAAGAACAAGAACAGAACCCUAGAUCCGGACCAGAUGCUCACGAACCUGGACACCAUUAUAAACUUCUCGAAUAAUCUGACACAAAAUAAUGUGUCCCUGGCGCUAACUGGCUUCGAGCUGUUUGCCAAGACAAUACUCAUGGGCAACACCACCGCCAAAGGGAAGGCAGUGGAGGUGAAGCACGAGCACUCCACGCUGAUCAUCGCGUCUGGCAUCGUCGGCGCGCUGUUCUCCACUGACGGAGAGAAUAUCGAACUCCUCCGACACGGGAAGGAGGACUACUCGGUGGAGUGGAUGCUGGCGCGGUCCGGCUCCGUGGGGGUGGUGCUGCCUGAGGAGACAGGCGUGUCUGCCGCAGCUAUUGCCAUCACCGUUCUUCGGCACGACUUGCUUAACACCAGUUUCCUCGAUGAGGGGCUCCACGUUAACAGCGACGUCAUCAGCGUACAGGUGGAGACUUGGAACUCUUCGUUACCCGCAAAAUACGUAGAUGUCUUUCUGAAGCCUCGAGUACGUGGCGUGCGGCGGCGAUGCGGCAUCUGGAACUUGACGACGAACGCCUGGGACUUCGGCAGCUGUACACUGUACCGUCGUGGCCAGGUGAUCGACGUGUGCCGGUGCUGGCACCUGACACACUUCGCGCAGCUGGUGACAGACACCGAUCUGCAGUGGGGCGACCACGCCGGUGUGCUAGAGCUGAUCUCCCUGGCCGGCGUCUUCGCGUCCCUGCUGGGCACUGUUGGACUCGGAGUAGCAGCUGCACUAGACCACAAGUGGCGCCGCAAACCAGGGACGCGCGUGCUGCUGCAGCUGGGCAGCGCGGUGGCGGCGCGGGACCUGCUGCUGGCGGUGGCCGCCGUCGACGCGUUUCGGCCGUCGUGGCUGUGGCGUCCUGAGGACCCAGACGCGUGCCGCUGGCUGGGCGUGGCGCUGCACUACGCGCUGCUCGCCGCCGCCGCCUGGACCACGGCGGCCGCCGUGCUGCAGCUGCUCAGACUCGGCACCAUCAUCGGCGCUCAGGCGCUGUUCCCACACGUGGUGCUGGUGAGCUCGGCGUGUUCGUGGCUGUCGCCGCUGGUGCCGGUGGGGGCGCUGGUGGCGACGUCAGGGCUGGAGGCGGGCUACCCGCUGCGACAGGACAGCGCCACGGAGUUCCUGUGCUACCCGCAGGGCGUCGCCCUCUACACCACCGUCGUCUUCCCAGUGGCGCUCUGCACGGCCGCCAACGCCGCCAUCUUCCUCUACUUGCUGCUGGUUGUCCUCUUCCCUGUACGCCAGGACGAGGUUGACCUAGGAAUCCGACAACACAGCACGGUCAGCCUGAGGCGUCGUGCGCUGACGUCUGUGGUGCUGUUCUUCCUGCUGGGGCUGCCCUGGUUGCUGGGACCGCCAGCCAGGUUGCUUGUGCUCGCCUACCUCUUCUGCAUCAUCGCCACGCCGCAAGGGAUGGCGCUGUUCGUGUUCUUCGUGGUGUGCAACGGACGCCUUCGCAAGAGCAUCUGCGCGACCAUUUCCUGCGCGGCCUUCAGCAGCUUCAGCAGCAGCACGGGAACUGGAUACAGCCGCUCCCCGCUUGCCAGCAACAACACGCGCAUCAACAACUCCGUGUCAGACACCUCACCGGUGCGAAAUCGACGGAACGUAGGGAUGCGGGACGAGUUAGAGCUCUCUGGCACGGAAGGCGGGCCCUACACGAGGAAACACGCUGGAAGAUACUCGUGAAAACAAACACCCCUUUACAUAAGGGGUGGCCAAUAACCUUACCUUUGGCAGCCUAAAACUUACGGAACUGUCCAAAGUGAACUGUAUUGUAUCUGCAAACUAAUAGGAACAUUUUUCUUUCAGUUACAGUCAUAAACAUCUUUAUUGUUUCUAUUAAAUGUCUAGCACCGGAUAUCUCAUCAACAUUGUAUCUGCAAACUAAUAGGAACAUUUUUAUUUCAAUUUACUGUCAUAAACAUCUUUAUUGUUUCUAUUAAAUGUCUAGCACCGGAUAUCUCAUCAACAAUUUUCUGCAUAUUUGUUUUGGCCUAAAACAGAAACAACUUGUGCAAUAUUCUGUUUUAUAAAGCCCCAUUUGUGUAAGACUUCUUCGCUUUUGCAAUAGGAAAAACCAAGUUAUAGCCAGCGGUUUCGGCCAGGUUCUAUAAACCUAUUCAAAACUGCAUUCUGAUCAUGAAGUUUUUCUUUAACUUAUGUAAUUUUAAAAUUAUCAGAAUUGCAACAAUCUUUGAGCCCAAUUUUGUUCCUUUACUUUGUGACCGAUUAAUUUUUCGUACAACCUUGUAGGUAGAGCAAACACAGCUAUGAGUGUAGGGUGAAAAAGUUCCGAGCUUUUCCGAUCAAAUAUUUUAGUCAUUUGAGUGCUGACAUUUCGAUAUUCUCGUGUAAAAGUAUUUCAUAUUUUUGAAAAAAAAAUUUAAGUCUUAAAAUACUUUACCAUACCAGUGUAUGUGUCAGUGUUGUUAUUCCUUAUGUAUGUAUUGUUAUACAGAUGUUCAUCUGAAGAUGUGGCUUUUAGUACCGCGAAACCGGUAGUAGUCCAAUAAUAAAGGACUAAAUACAGCUGCACGGUUUAUUAACAGUUCUCUGUGUUGCAGUUGCAAGAAUAGUAUGAUGCUGACGAUCUGACAAUAAAUGUCACUGGUGUUUA